CUUUGACAUGUAGACGUGAUUAACAACAGCGUCAUGCUGCAUUUCAAACCGAGCAACAACGAGAAUCAAAGGUUUACAAAAAGGUGGAUAUUUGAAGAUUUGACUAUCUCGUGAUACCCGCUGACAGCGUUUACAACGACUUGGGGAUAUCCUCGCCUUACUUUCCUGCGCGCUAUGCGCGGAUUGUACUGAGCAUCUCUGAGAACAGAGACGCAGAGGUUUAUUAGGAAUCUGGGGGCUGGGGAGUCUACUGGAACAUUACGCCCCGCAUUUUUUUUGCACUAUAAUUGUGAAGUUUUUUUGUUUUUGUUUUUUUUUACCUGGAUAUUCGCAAAAUCUGCAUGUGUAAGACUGACAUGACUUACUCGGAUGUGGCUUCGCUAUUAUCUGCACCUAAUGCAGUACUCUUUCUGGCUGUUAUUUGAAAAAGAGAGAGUGAUCCUUUGCAGCGAAGAGAUGGAUAAGGAAUUCUGAACCCGGAUUUUUAUCCCUUUAUUUCGGAGUUGGAAGUAAAUGACAUUCGCCCCGGCUGAUUUGCACGGUUAGAGAUGCAGAACUAAACCGGAUAGUGCACCCAGGUCCGGGAGAGUAAAGGGCAGGUGCGCUUUGGAAUCGGCGGCUGCGCGGAGAGACAGGGCUAGUGGAUUAGAACGAUACCUGACUGUGGAGAGCGCGUCAUGCGGACUCGGAUGUCGCGCACUAGAAGCCGUUAAAACCUGUAGGCUGGAGCUAACAGAUAAGCGGAUAUGGGCUCUGCUCUGCGGCGUCGCUGGCUAGUGGUCCAACUCCUGAUGCAGGUGUGGCUGGCAGCAAAUCCAUCUCUAAGUGAGCGCCAGUGCCCCAAGAGUUGUCGCUGUGAUGGAAAAAUUGUUUACUGUGAGUCAAGCGCCUUUCGUGAUGUCCCCAAGAACCUCUCAGGAGGCUGUGAGGGCCUUUCUUUACGAUACAACAGCCUUGCCAGUCUUCGUGCAGGCCAGUUUGUAGGACUCAACCACCUCAUCUGGCUCUAUUUGGACCAUAAUUACAUUGCAUCUGUGGAUGCAAUGGCCUUCCAGGGGGUCCGCAGACUUAAAGAACUGAUCCUGAGUUCCAAUAAGAUCACAUCUCUCCACAACACCACAUUCCACCCUGUCCCUAAUUUGCGUAAUUUGGACCUUUCGUAUAAUAAACUGCAAGCCUUGCAACCUGGACAAUUCCAGGGCCUACGGAAGCUUCUCAGCCUUCACAUACGCUCAAACUCUCUUAAAAUUAUUCCAAUGCGUCUGUUCCAAGAUUGCAGAAAUCUCGAGUUCCUAGAUUUGGGCUACAACCGUCUGCGCAGUAUCACUCGAAAUGCAUUUUCUGGCCUAGUCAAACUCACUGAGCUGCAUCUGGAGCAUAACCAGUUCUCAAAGAUCAAUUUUUCUCACUUUCCUCGCCUCUACAAUCUGCGGGCUCUUUACCUGCAGUGGAAUCGGAUUCGCUCUAUGAACCAGGGCCUGACCUGGACCUGGGUCUCCAUCCAGAAACUGGAUCUGUCGGGGAAUGAGCUGACAGAAGUAGAUGCUGCAGUUUACCAAUGCUUACCCAACCUGCAAACACUCAACUUGGAUUCCAACAAGCUGACCAAUGUUUCCCAGGAGGUAGUUGAUGCCUGGAUCUCUUUGACUAUGAUUAGCUUAGCUGGGAAUGUAUGGGAUUGUGGCCCUGCCAUCUGCCCAUUGGUGGCCUGGUUGAGAAACUUUAGAGGGGCAAAGGAAACCACCAUGAUUUGCGCCUCCCCGAAGAAAGCCCAGGGUGAAAAAGUGAUGGAUGCAGUUGAAGCUUUUGGUGUUUGUAAAUCAAACCAAGCAACACCACUCACAGUGAGUAUUCCUCCAAACCCAUCUAGUGUCCCUGCCCAAACUGAGCAUCGCCCAGCUAUCCUUGCUUCACCCACUGAUUCUGGAAAGAGAGGUGAAGGAUCUCUUAGGGGUCCUACAUCUUCAGCAGUUACUCCACCUGUAGCACUACCCCCAGAGCAAGACUUGGAGCCUGUGUCUUUCCACAAGAUUGUGGCUGGAAGUGUUGCCCUUUUUCUUUCCGUUGCGAUGAUCCUGUUAGUAACAUAUGUAUCAUGGAAGCGCUAUCCUAGCAGUGUCAAGCAACUGCAGGAGCAUUCGGCAGCAGCUCGCAAACGUCGCAAGAAAACUAGAGAGACGGAGCGCACACUGAGCUCUCCCCUGCAGGAGUACUAUGUGGACUACAAGCCCACCAAUUCUGAGGCCAUGGAUGUGCUUGUCAAUGGGACCGGACCCUGCACCUAUACCAUUUCAGGCUCUCGAGAAUGCGAGGUCCCUCAUCAAAUGGGUGCACUGACCUUCUACCGUUAUGAACAGCCUAUUGUAGACUACUGCCAGGCCCAUCAACCCUUGCGGCUAAACAUGGGUUAUGAGGGACCCCCACAGGGCCUGGAGGGCCUGGAGGACCUUGGGCCAUGUGAUAGAGGCACUAUACAGACAGUGGCACUGCCAGCAGUGCCCUCUGCUGCCAGCAUAGGUGCCCCUGUUCCAGGACCUCGCUCUCCUCCAUCGACCCUCAGACCACCAACUGAGGGUCCCGGCAGCAGUCCUUUUCCUACUUCUGAGCGCACUGGCACACUCAAAUUUGGACGCUAGUGAGCAUGGUUAGAAGUGGGGCAAGGGCCUCUCAUUCACCAUGACUUUGAAAUGAAGGGGCAGGCGAGCUGGUUAUUCAGUGGGGCCUUGUUCUUAGAACAUCGGUAUGUGAACUAGAGGACAAAAUUUUCAAAUUAUGCCUGGAGGCAUUUAUCAUCUGAAACACACAGUCUCAACCAUAUACAGUAGGGUGAGACAUUCUUGCUGAUCAUUUUGUUUUUCUUUUCCAAAACAACUCAUAGAAAAAAAGGGUCCCUGACUCAAGGGAGGUUAAUUCAGCAUAUGCCACAAAGAAUUACCUUAUUUCCAAAUCUGAUCUUUGUCAUAUCCCAUAUCAGCAUCUGUUCACAGCAGCAGCCAGCUUACUCUGAGUCAAGAGUGAAAGGGAAAGUGCAAUAAACAAAAGUUUUCAUUCACGACAAGUGAGGGCAGUAACAUCAAAGAUUGAAGAGAUAGAGCAUAUGAAGAGCAGAAGGCUUCUUACUGUGAUUAACAUUACAAUUUCUACUCACUAGCUAUUAAGAAAGUUAACAUAUAUAAUUUCAUUAAUUACAUAAAUAUUUUGUUUCUUUGAGUGUCAUAUUUUGUACUGAAUUACAUUAAUGUGCAUGUUAAACCAAAGAGUUUACUAAUAUUUUUUCUUUCUUUUUGCACAUAAGGUACUUUAACUAAGGAGAUUUUUAAAUGUCAGAUGUUCCACUGAACUAGCCUCUGCCAGUUCACAUUUAUAAUUACCACUAGAUCCCCUGAUGAUUUCGAAUGGACUAGAAUUGUCUUAAAGAAAUAGAAUAAUCAAGGGGGUCAUCAUGUUGAAAGGUUAUGAACGUAUUUAUCAUAAUGAGGUAUCACACCUAGCACUCCCAACGUCAGCUCAAGUCAGUUCUUGUGAUCUUAGUGUUGCUAUGAAAAACAUAAUUCAAAGCAGCAUAAACUGUAUGUUCCAUAAAUGUAUUAAAUAUAUAAAGACCCUUUACACAGAUGAACAACAAGUCAUUGUACCGUAUAUGACUAUAUCCCAGCUGAAUAAUCCACUAUGCUUUAAAAAAAAAGGCAAUCAUGAAAAACUAAAAUAAGAACAUUUGAAUGAAAUGUAUUGUACAUAUUAUUAAAAAGGUCUACUUCACUGAAGGUCAAACCACUCUCACUGCCCCAAACAGUCAUUUGAAACAUUGUUGAGUCAAUUUUUGACUUUCAUUAACUGGACUACUUGAAGAGCACCAUCUUGCUGGGUUGGCCAGGCUUAGGCCAUGUGCUCUUCCACCACAGAGAAUAAUGGUGCCUAGUGGUGGCAUGCUGAACCAGCACGUUGACUUCUCUUUGACCUGCAUAUGAUCCCACAGACUAUACAGGAGGUAUUGCCUGACAUCUCAAUUUUUUCCAGAAAGUGAGCCGAAAUUAAGGAAUGUUUUCUUUUUUUUUUUCUUUUUUUUUCUUUUUCCUAAUCAGUAAACCUUUGGCCACCGUGUUGAGCACUGCUGCUUGUUGACUUAUGGAGCUGUUGAGGAUUUCGGAUACGGCUUGCAUGGCCUGUCAAACAAUGUCCUCAGUUUAACUCAAGCAGUGCACCAGUUUCCUACAUGUCAGUGGUCAUACUCUAGGGAGCUGUGGAACUUACGCUUGCUCUUCCUACAGAGAGACUGAUUGAUCCACACAUGAAACUGCAAGGGGCCAACAUUUCCCAAGAAAGAUGAUGCAUAUUCAAACAAAUAUGCAUUGUUUUUGUUUUAUUUUGUUUUGGUAUUAUAUUUUUUUGCUUGAAAAUUUUUGAGGUGUUCAAAGAUGAUGUCAAGAAAUUCUAUAAGACAAAUAAAAGGACAAAAUCAAAUAGAACUUAUUUAUGAUGUAAAUAAUGAGUCUUUAAAGAUUAAAAAAAAAGGUAUGAACUUCAUUUCUUCUGAAACACAAACUGCUUGUGAACAGAAGAGGAGCCUUAUUCACUUUCCAGUGGGAAUAUAUUACUAAGAUGACUUGGUGAGGAGGUUCCUACUGUAAUGCUCUCGUUGUUUCAAUGAUAAGUAUUUUUCUAUCUGCUCCCGUCACUAUUCUACCACUCUACCAUUAAAAACAAAAUAUGUUACUGACAUUAUUUCUCAAAUCCAGUCAUUUUACUAAAUAAUGCGAAGAGGGGAAGAUUCUGAGCCCUGUUAUUGUGAUGUACUUCAAGCGCCAAACUUGACAGAGAUUCAUAUUUCCUGUUCUGCCAUCAGGCAUGUUGGAGAAGCCAUCUCACAGGGGGUAAUCAAAUAAUGAGUUGUUAGUUACAUCCAUUCCUCUUGUUCAAGAAUUUUAACACUAUCAGCCAUUUCAAGGUCUACUCGGGGAGAAGUGUGCUUUUCUUUUUUACCAAGAGUUUAACUUGUGAAGGAUGUUCUUUAUAAUGUGCCAUUAUUUUGUUAAAUGUUUUAUCAAAAAACAAAACAAAACAAAAAAAAAAAAAACAACUGACCCGAAAUGCUUCAUGAUAUCACAACUAAGAAGGGUUCGGUCCCUUCAUGUACAGGACAUUGCAUUUUAAAAAAAAGCAGUUGAUUCGCUCAGUACGGUUGCUUAAUAGUGAUGGUGGAGUUUACUUUGUAAUAGCAGCUGUGCCAAUGUCUUUAUAAUGGGAGCUCUCUCAAUUCUAUCCAUGUAUUGUCCUGCCUUGCUGUAUAUCACCCCUGAUAACUCCUUGGCCUGAAUUUCAUGUCUGCUGCUUGGUGACUCGGGUGAACCUGUUUAACAAUGUUCUAUUUCUGUCUGCAUGCUGAUAUUUUAGGAAACUGUGCCCAUUUAGGGAGGAGCACUGAACCAGAGACAAACAGUACGGGAGAUAAUUCCUGUCCGGAGUGCCCUAGAACCGGCAGCACAUGUCAUGGACAACUUCACUGUUUUUAAAGCAUCUUGUUUGCUGACCCAUUCAUGCCCUUGUCUCGAUUAAAGUAGAAUUCCCUGGCACUGUAGGCUGUUAAAUAGAGAAAUAGGUUUGUGUCGAGCACUCACACCUGGGACAGGCAUUCCCUUUAAUAGUUUCCUGUUAAGCCUAGUACCCUACGCAUACUAAUUAAUGCAGGUUUCAGAACAGUGAUUAUAGUUGAUUUCAGUCUGAACAUAAAGAUCAAAGCUUCCUUGCCCUCAUGUGUAAUUAGAAAAUGCAAAUACCAUCUUUGUAUAUCCACAAUUAAAUCAGCUACUAAUAAAUGAUCAAUUGAUCAUGACUACCUCCCAGAUAAAAUCAGAUAUGUUCAGCGGAAUGUUUGAAUUCUGCUGCCAGUAAUUAUUCAGUCUUUUGUCCAUUUAUUUUGCCAUCAGAGAGCUGGAAGCACAAGCAGUGCAUGCUAAUGAUGCAUGUUUGAGCUGAACUCCAGGACCGUCUGUGCUAGCCCCGCAAUGCCAGUAGGCUUUGUUUUCUCUUCUGCUUCGUUUGUUUAUGGGUUUAUACUACCCGAGUUCCCCAGUCCCUGUCACUCUUUGUGUUCGGGCUCAACUCCCCAUUGGGAAAAGUUUUUUUUUUCUUUUUUUCAAAUUUCGCCUUUUUUUCUUCUUGCUUUGGGUGGGGUGAAUAAAGGUCUGAAGAACUGCAGUAAAAAACUUUUAUAUUUCAGUGUUUAUGCUUAGAGGAAAAGCUAAAUGCACAUCUCCAAGGGGACAGGAAAAGCAGGGGAGAAGAGAAGGGUAGACAGAGAUGCUGUUUAAUACGGAGAACAUAGAGGGACAAAUGGGUAAGUGCGAGGACAUUUUAUUCUGUUACAAGGAAAGCGUUGUGAUAUAUUUUGAGUGCUCCAGGGCAGCUUUGUUUCCACUGCAAGAAAUGACACAAACAGCUUCAGCCAUGCUCUCACACUUGCAACACACAUCCAGUCUGUACUCUGUAGAGGCACAUAUGGCACACAGAUUAAGCUACGACAUAUUUGCAUCCUCUGAACUGUAUGUAUUAUGCAUGCGCUCAUACAAAGAUGCACUUUAUCUGAAAAGGAAUUAUCAUUUACACUAUUACCAGUAAUCCACUUCUUAGUCUUUGCUGGAGAAACAAUCACAGACGGAGAUGUACAAACACAUAAAAAGACACAUGUGCUUAAUAAAAGGAUAAUAUAGGUACAGCAGGGUUUGACACCCCCAUUCCAGUUCAUCAAACGGUACAGUGGACUCUAAUCCAUUAUCUGAUAAAUGGAUUUGAAAAUUUAAUUCCAAGCCAGACCUGGCUUUGUAGCUUUCCUUCCUCUGCCAUAUAUUUGUGUCUUUCUAGUAAGCAGCACUGGGACGUUCCCAUAUAGCACACACUCACUCCAAAAACAAAAAUAGGAUAAAAACAAAAAAAUUUAAAUAAAGAAAGAAAAAAAAAGACAAAUGGUAAUAUUCCUCAUUUGCAAUUUCUAGAUUUGCGUUCCUGUUAUUGUUACUCUGUCAUCAGUGUUUAUACAGAAUCAAUAACUUCUGUGAUGCAAAAGAGAGACUGGAAGUGUUGCUAGCGAUUUAGCUUCCCCGCAUGUACCCAGAGGGCCUCUGUGUGUGCACGCGUGUGUGUGGGUUUGUGUAUCUAUAGCAGCACCUACUCCUCUACCUCCUCUGAACCAGCAUUACCAUUACUGAUGUUCAGGCCAGCCCGGUCCCCAUUGAUUGUUAUUGUUCCAUUCUCUUUUACAUUAGUAAGAAGUCUUUAACCUAUGUUCUACAUUGUCCUAACUCUACCAUUGCUCAUGUCAGCGGGGACACAGAAAAGGAAGACAUGAUCAUUAACCUCUGUUGGGGAAACACACUUUUUCGUUUGUCUGACAAAGCCCGUUUACACCCCUAAUUGGAUUUAAUGUUGGCACUGCAGAGAGCAUGUUUUUUAUUUAAAUGUGCUGCAUUCUUCGCUUUCAGUUAACAGUGCAAUGAGAAAGCAAGAAGGAGGAGCUUGAAAGAAAGCAAUAUCAUAAUUAGUCUUUGUGUUCCUUGCAGGCCCAAGUCCUUUCCCAUGUUUUUUUGUUGCCUCUUAAAAUACUUUCCAUAUAAAUCUUUUGAUUCCCACUGUCUCCCCCUCAUUCAUAUCCUGCAGACAGCUUCAACUUCUGUAGGUUGUAAAUAUGCUCUGCAUUGUUUUCUUUGGUAGUUGGUUUGUUGUUGAUUUUUUUCCUUUUUCUUUUUUUUUUUUUUUUUUUAAUUUCCUUUUUUACUGUAAUCAGACCUAAAGCAUUUUUGUGGAGACCUGGUCCAAGCGCAAAAAUAUGGCUCUUAUUUGAGUAUAUUAUUGUCAGAUAAUGUUUUGUAAAAAUUUUGAUGAUGAAUAAACAU